AUGGACCAGUAUGAUGUUGCUGUCGUUGGACUCGGCGUCCUCGGAAGCGGUGCGGCGUACUACGCUGCCAAAAAGGGCGCCAAGGUCAUUGCAUUCGAACAGUUUGAACUGGGCCAUGUUCGCGGGGCGUCUCAUGACACAUCGCGCAUUGUACGGACCUCCAACUUCACGCCAGAGUAUGUGAAACUCGCGAAAUCAGCAUACAAAGAUUGGGCCGAGCUUGAAAAAGCCGCAGACCAAAAGCUGUUGACUAUCACUGGCGGUGUGGUUUUCUUCCCGGAGGAGCCGAACACACCUGCGCUCGCGAGCGACUUCACCAAGAGCCUUGAUACCAACGAUGUGCCAUAUGAGCUCCUCGACUCGACAGAGGUGAAGAAUCGAUGGCCACAGUUUGACGUUCCCGAAAAUGUCUCCACAGUAUACACAGCCGACACUGGCAUUGCCCAUGCUUCUCGAACCGUCAGCACUUUGCAGUCACUGGCGCGUAUACAUGGUGCUGUUCUGAAGGACCAAACCGAAGUAGAACGUGUGAUACCCAAAGCUUCCGGCACUGGUGGAGUUAUGAUUCAGACGUCCAACGGACAAUUUCAAGCUGCCAAGGUCAUCCUUGCGACGGACGCGUGGAUCAAUAAAUUGCUUGCGCCCCUGGGUACACAUAUCCCAGUGAUUGUGAUGCAGGAGCAAGUGACAUACUUCAAGCCCUCUGAGGCAGCCAACUUUGGUUCCGAUCGCUUCCCUGUUUGGAUCUGGAACGGUGCAAUGUGCUAUUAUGGGUUUCCCUGCUAUGGCGAGCCGACCAUCAAGGCGGCCCGAGAUACUUCAAACAACUUCAUGACACCCGAACAGCGCACGUACGUCCACUCGCCACAAUUGCUUAACCAGCUAUCAUCUUUCUUGAAAAGACUUAUUCCGGACGAGACACGCCAAGUACUUCGAACCGUGACCUGUCAAUAUUCAAUCACUCCAGACCGACAGUUUGUUAUCAGUCCUCUCAAAAGCCACCCGAACAUUAUUGUGGGCUUAGGUGCAGCUCAUGCCUUCAAGUUUGCACCUGCCUUUGGCCGUGUUCUGGCGGAGCUUGCCGUGGAUGGCAGGACUAAUGAAGACAUCUCGAAGUUUGGAAUCCCGACAUCGGCCACAUGUAGCAGCAAGCUCUAA